AGAGGAAAUUGAGCAGCAACUACAAAUUAAAUACUAGUGUAGUGAGAAGAUGAUCAACGGCGGGAAGAAUCCACCGGAUAUCGGGAUUCAGCUGCCAGAGAUGAAACUAACGGUCACGGAGAGCUCAAACGGUCCACCUGACGGAAAUGUUAUCCGGAAAGCUCAAGUGAUGCAACUGGUCCUACGGGCAUUGUGUCUUGUGACUUCAGUCACAGCUUUAUCGCUUAUGGUUACUGCCGAACAAGCUUCUACCAUCUCUGUCUUUGGUUUUAAUGUACCAUUGCACUCCAAGUGGUCCUUCUCUCACUCCUUUGAGUACCUGGUUGGUGUCUUGGCUGUUGUUGCACUUCAUUUAAUACUUCAGCUACUUAUCAGUGGAUCAAGACUUGUACGAGGAUCACCUAUUAUUUCUUCUCGAAAUCACGGAUGGCUUAUUUUUGCUGGGGAUCAGGUAUUUACAUUGGCGUUGAUGAGUGCUGGAUCGUCCGCAUCAAGUGUUUCCAGUUUGAAUCACUCGGGAAUUCGACAUACAGCUCUGCCAAAUUUUUGCAAACCGCUGCAUCGUUUUUGUGACCGUGUUUCCACUUCAAUAGUCUUCACUUUUUUCAGCUGCUUUCUGCUUGCCAUUUUAGUAGUUCUUGAUGUACUUUGGCUGUCUAGGCACUAAACUUAUUUGCUUCACUUAAUCUCAAUGCAAGUGAUUUAUGUUGUAAACCUUAAUGUGAACUUGUGGUCUCAUUGCAAUGGCCCUUGAUUUCUUGAUCAUAAUAUAAAUGUGGCUACUAGAAACUCACCACAACGUUUUAGAUCAAGACUCUUUUUUGGUGGAUGUGUAUA